GACGCCGACGGAAGAAGUGACUACUUCUGCAGGAAGGAUGAGAAGACGGGCUUCGGUGGAAUGCCGGCUUUCAAAUGGCGCAGGACAUAGCCGAACCAACAGGUGGUGGAGGAGUCAGCUGUGUCCUGCAGGAUGGCAAAGUCUUUGAGAAAGCUGGCGUCAACGUGUCAGUGGUCUACGGCUACCUGUCCGCGGAGGCCAUUCAGCAGAUGAAAAGCCGUGGGAAAGACAUGAAAACUAAAGAUGGAAAACUUCCCUUCUGUGCUAUGGGAGUAAGUUCUGUCAUCCAUCCUAAAAAUCCACAUGUUCCCACAAUUCACUUUAACUACAGAUACUUUGAAAUUGAGGAAGCGGAUGGUAACAAGCAGUGGUGGUUUGGAGGUGGGACCGACUUGACGCCGACUUAUCUGAACCAGAAUGAUGUGGUCCACUUCCAUCAGACGUUGAAGGAGGCAUGUGACAAACAUAACCCAGGGUUCUACCCAAAGUUCAAGAAGUGGUGUGACGAUUACUUCUUCAUCAAGCAUCGUGGUGAACGCAGAGGAGUCGGUGGCAUCUUCUUUGAUGAUCUGGACUCUGCAUCCAGAGACGAACUCUUCCAGUUUGUAAACAGCUGCGCCAAGGCUGUCGUGCCUUGUUACAUCCCCAUUGUGACCAAACACAAGAACGACUCCUUCAGCCCCGAGGAAAAAUUGUGGCAGCAGCUGAGAAGAGGGCGAUAUGUGGAAUUUAAUCUGGUUUACGACAGAGGAACCAAAUUUGGGCUUGCAACCCCUGGCUCUAGGAUUGAGAGCAUUCUUAUGUCACUGCCACUGACUGCCAGAUGGGAAUAUAUGCAUAUACCUCCUCCAGAUUCUCGAGAAGCUGAGAUUCUCAAAGUUCUGCGGGAACCCCAAGACUGGGUGCAUUAAGAGACUUAAGAAUUUUAUACACCUUCUUGUAAAUGGAAGAAGAAAUGGCAGAUUCAAUGUUUAUAGGAAGAAGUGAUGCUCUGUCCUGCUCUACCUGUGCCUUAGCUGUGAUGUCCCACACUUGCUGCUGGACUUGUUUCUCCUGAAAUCCUCAGGCUCCCCCCAUGCUGUGUAUUUCUGUUUAUAUAUCUGGCUAUACUUGAUCUGUGAUGACCACUAUAUGUUGCUAUGAAAUCUUAUGUGUAUGAUCAUUGUAGUGCUUUGUACCUAAAUCAGUAAGUUCUAAUGUGUGGCUUCAGCUGUUUUGAAACCACAACUCCAAGCACGCCCAGGCAGCCAAAAAGAGUUGUGGUUUUACAACAGCAGAGAGCCAGAAGAUCCUAUUAAAUAUAAGAUGUUUAAAGGAGUACUCUGGUGGAAAACUUUAUUUUUUUUCUGGUGCCAGAAAGUUGAACAUAUUUGUGAAUUACUUCUAUUAAAAAAUCUUUAUCCUUCCAGUACUUAUUAGCGGCUGUAUAUUACAGAGGAAGUUCUUUUUGUUUUUGGAUUUCUUUUUAUUUAUUUAUUAUUUUUUUUUUUUUUUGUCUUGUCCACAGUGCUCUCUGCUGACCCCUCUGUCUGUAUCAGGAACUGUCCAGAGCAGCAUAGGUUUGCUAUGGGGAUUUGCUCCUGUUCUGGACGGACAGAGAUCCAAAAAGAAAAGAGCUUUCUCUGUAGUGUAUAGCAGCUAAUAAGUACUGGAAGGAUAAAGAUUUUUUUUAAUAGAAGUAAUUUUCAAAUCUGUUUCUGGCACCUGUUGAUUAAAAAAAUUCUUUUUUUCGACCGGAGUACCCCUUUAAAUCUUCCUCCGGAUUCCAAUUCCCUGUUGGAAGUUCGAACUUGGCAGUAGAAUUUCUGUUGAGAUCAAUGGGAGGCUGCUGCAAGCAGAAUCUCCCUAGUGUGAACAGGGCUUUAUGUAGAAAGCCUCUAUUCUGAGUGUAUUUUCUUCCGGUCUCAUGUGCUGCUUAUGCUGGUGCAUUCCCUCCAGGAGAUCUUCACCAGCCGGGCACCAGAAGAAUGUGAUGGAUCUAAGGGAAGGGGGAAUUUUACUAGACUUGAUAUUUUACGUCCUUGUUCGCUGAUAUUUUUAGGCUGAAUAUACUGAACUUAUUUUAUACUUUUGUAUUUAUUUUGAUCAGUAAAGUACAACAGGAAUAUAUUUGUUACAAUAAUGAAAUGAAAAAAAUAUUUUUAUGACAAAUCUAAAUGUGACUUUGCUUUUGCCAAUUCUUAUGAGUUUUUCGAUUUGUCUUAAUACAUUGCGAUUAUUACUGCACAU